GGCAGUCGUAUCGAAUGAUGCGAGUUCUAGUAUACAUAACCUCCUUUGUCUCACUUGCGCGAAUUUCUAAUAACGCGCAUUUAAUUUCUCACCUAUUUAAUUUAAAUGUCAUAUUUAUUUUCUACUAAUAUAAUAUAACAUCAACCCUAAACAGGGGAUAACGACGCUGCUAUCAAAGAAUGGAUUUUGCAAGAGGCGGAGGGCGAUGAUUCAGUUAUGUUGCCUUCGACCGGUUAUUUCAAAGCAAUCAAUUGUCCAUUUUACGAGAAUGGAUUAUGCGAAAGACCUUAUUGUCAUUUUAAACAUGCCAGAAGAGAAGAUGCAGCAAAUACAACAGGAAUGGUUGGAGUGGUGGAGACCCAGGCAACGGAUCAAACUCAAACAAAAUCAAAUGCAGCUAUUGCUGCUUCCAAUCCCGACAUGUUACAACAAUUGGUAACCGAAGCUGUUAAAAAAGUGCUCGCAGAUCAAGAAGUUACAGACACAGAUAAAUUCUCUAAGACUAUAGUUUCACAAGUGGUAGAAGGACUUAAAAAACCUUCCUUAACUUCUGACUCUGCUUCUACAUCUGAUACAACUACUAGCAAUAUCAUUGGAAAGCAUAUGAAUAUUCCAACAACCAUUACAAAACCAGUUCCUUGCGUCUACAAUCCUACACCCAUAGCUGAAUUAAAGAAGAGGCAUAUUCCUGUGGUAUCUUAUAUGCCAACCAGAGAAAACAGAGUUGCGGUCAAACGUAAAUCCUCUCCAGAUAGAAUUAAACCUUGGUUAAGUGUUAUCAAAGAUCCGACUAGUUCGCAGUCAACAGAGAUCACUUAUAAACCUACUGCUAUCUCUUGCAUCAAUGAUCAAGAUUCUGUACAGAGUUAUAUACCAACUUUUAAAUCAGAUUCAUCUUCUUCCAAUUCUUACGAAGAUAGCAAUUCCAAUGACAACAUACCCAAAGUCAAAGAAGCUUAUUAUCCGAGAUCUAAGAAAAGAAGGGAAGAGUACGUUCCUAAAAAAGUCAAAGCUCCGUUAAAGAACGUUCAACAAUUGGACGAUACUGUGUUGGAUCAAUUUGAACCAGAAUUCGAUAUGAUCGGAGAAAUAUUAACUGCUGCGACAACUGCUCUUAGCACAGUACCCAGUGAAGAAUCUCAAGAUUAUUGUUUAGAUAUAGAACCAAAGUUUUCCGACGACGAACCCAUGCCGGAUGAUACCAAAGAAAAAAAUGAAAGUAACGUUUACAAAAGUUCUCUAUGUAACAACGAAACAAAGUCGCGAGAUAAUGUACUACAACAUGGGACGAAAGUUGCCGAUAAUAAGAGAAAACUCGACGAAGUAGAAAAUGAAUUGAUGAAUAAUCAUCAUAACGUUGACGAUACUGCCGAUGACAAAACUAAUAACAAGAAACGAAGAGAAUCAACAAGCGACAAUAUCAAAGAGAAACACAAGGAAAGAAGAAAGGAUGAUGAUAGAAUAAAAAAAGAUCACAGAAGUAGCAGUAGAAGUAGUGAUAAACACAAAAAGGACCAUAAUCGCUCAGGAAAAAGUAGCAAUGAAAGUAAGAGUUAUAAAUCUAGUUCGUCUGAUAAACGACAUUCGUCGUCCUCCUCUUCAUCGCAUAAGGAUAAAGAAAGAAAUAAGAAUAGUCACUCAUCUAAAGAGUCUACUCACAAAUCAAAAGAACGUUCCAGUCACAAAGACAAAGAUUCAUCCGUUGAAAGAUCGAAUAAAGAUAAACAUAAAAGUAGUAAGCACGAUAGACAUAAAUCUAAAACGUAUGACUCCAGUUCCAAAUCUGAUAAACAUUCAUCAAGUAAGAGUCAUAGAAAUCAUCGAUCAAGAUCGCAUCAUCGAUCCAGAUCGAGAGAUCGGAUGCGUAGUCCAUCUAAAAAAGACAAGCACGAAGAAGAUAAUAUCGACAAAAAAAUGAAUACAAUGUUAGACGAAGGAGAAUCUGUUAGCCCAUCUGAAUCCGUACGGGGUUCUUUUGAGAACAUUAUAUUUGAUUCGUCUGAAUCUGAAACUGAUGUGCAAGAGGAAUGUCUUAAAAUCUUUCAAGAAUAUAAAGUUUCUAAUCAUCCAAAAGUAGUGUCGAUCAAAGAAUCUGCUAAAGUAGUAGAAACCGAAGAGAAUGAGGAAUUUGGUAAAAAGAGAGUAGCGCAUCCUUCUGCAGCAAUGUCAUUGGUAUCCCGUCAAGUUGGUCCGAGUCAACCACCUAAAAGAAUACCCAAUCCUCAACAAAAAAUGUAUGAAAGAUGGCGUUUGAUGAGAGAAGCAGCUGCAGAAAAGGCGGCAGAAAAAGCUGCUGAAAAAAUGACAUCUAAUGUUACUAAAACUCAAAUUACACCUACUCCAGUAAUUCAACAAUCAGCUAAUGUUGUCAACGACGAGUCAGUCGUCGAAUCUGUUUCUACGAUAAAUAAUAACGAAUUUCAGAUGAAUGGACAUGGUCGAAUUAGAAUUGCUCAUGUCCCGUAUGCUAUGUCUCUUGCAAUGAAAAAGAAACAAGUUAAAGAAAAAAUGGUAAAAAGCAAUGACUCUAAAGCAAUUGACAAUAAAACAAUAGCUCAAACUAGUAAGGGUGGUGUACGAGUUGCUCACGUUUCACAAGUGGUACCACAGUUAAUACGUCCAGAACCACUUCAGGCAAUGACACAAAAGUUUCCAUUGAACGUACGUCAGUAUUAUAUCAAUAUGAUGCAAGAUAUAUGUGUACAGAUUUAUACUAACGGUGAAGAUGCCGCUCAACGUGCAGUACGAGAGGAAUUUACCUGUCACGAAAAAUGUAAAGCGCUUACGGUAUACAAAAAUUCUUGUAUGUUAGCUGCUCAUAGAUUAAGAAAGGAAGUCGAUCAAAAUCGUUCCUCGGAUGGCAGUACCACAACAGCAAGUGGUACCGUAUCGCACGAAGCUGUACUUGCUGGUAAAUCCAAAGGUUCUUGGAGUGUUUUGAAGACAAAAAAAGCAAUAACUGAUUUUAAGGGUUCAGCAUUGUAUAGUAUGUUAAAAAAAUGGAUUAUGACAGAAGAACAAUUACAGGAUAAUGGAUUUCCUCGUGCUCAUCCAGAGGGUACUACGGGACGUGCUAAAGUUUAUGUAAUAAACUCGCGUAAUCAAAACGUACUAUCAAAAGUGCCUAAUGAAAGGAUCUGUAGUCGUUGCGGACAAAAUUAUAUGGUAGACAAACAAGGCUUUCCUGUACAGCAACAGAAUUGUAUAUAUCAUUGGGGAAGAAAGUUUACUAUUAAGGGAGAAGGAAAAUAUAGUUGUUGUCAACAAUAUGGAUCUGCUACUGGUUGUUGCGAUGCCAAAUUCCAUGUAUGGAGUUAUACUGAUUAUGAAAAUCUUCGUGGUUAUAUAAAAACUUUACCAAAAGAUAUCGCUGAAGAAGAACAAGGAGUUUACGCGCUCGACUGUGAGAUGUGUUACACUACCCAAGGAUUAGAAUUGACAAGGAUAACGGUUAUUAAUGACGAAUGCAACGUUAUAUAUGAAACAUUAGUUAAACCUCAGAAUCCAAUAGUUGAUUACAAUACAAGAUUCUCAGGGAUUACAGAAGAAGAUAUGACAGAUGUGACGACAACGCUUUUAGAUGUCCAAGCUACGCUUCUAGCAAUGUUUUCUAAUAAAACUAUACUGGUAGGUCAUAGUCUUGAAAGUGAUUUCAAAGCACUGAGGUUACUUCACGAUACAGUGGUAGAUACCAGUGUCAUGUUUCCUCAUAGAAAUGGUUAUCCUCAGAAAAGGGCAUUAAAAAAUCUUUGUUCUGAAUAUUUAAGAAAGAUCAUACAAAAUGAUGUUGGUGGUCAUGAUAGUAAAGAGGAUGCUGUAGCAUGUAUGGAAUUGGUGUUGUGGAAAGUCAAAGAAGAAGCUAAAUUACAAUAAAAACAAAAUUAGGUGAAACAAUAAGAAGAAGAAGAAGAA